UGUAUUUUUUGGUAAUGAUUAGGAUAAUCCAAGGUUAAUAAUAGAAAGAUAGAGGGGGAAAUUACAGCAAAUUUAUAAGAGGAAAGAACUGAAAUGUUACCAAAAUAACCCUAAUGUGAAUGCAACAGGAUGUGGACCCAAGCUGGCAAUUUGGACUAUGUCAAAAAUUAUUGUCCAGAAUAGCGGUCAACUUGUCCCGUUAAAGUAGUCACUUUCGUAGCUAAAAAGUCUCUUUGUAAGUUGUAACUGAAAGUUGAGCAUGUUCCAAAAAUAUCCAAAGGUUUUGGAAAUAUGAGAGCAAGUGUUUUUAGCCACGAUUUUUUUUUUUUCUUUCCAUGGCCAAAUAGACACAGCAAUUCUUGUUGAGGCCAUCCAGUGAGAGAUUAUGACCCACUUUUGCCCUAAAAUGGUUAAACUCAACCUUAGACGCAGAGUUCAUCGUCGCGUUUUGAUUCUGCGACGCUGCAUUCGUUGCUGUUGGGACAGACUUCUCAUGUGCUCCUUAGGGAAGCCUAUUAGGUAUCGAGUGUUAUCAAGUGCAGCCACCCCCGCCAUGCCUUCUCCGCCUCUUGCCACAAUCGACGGCACUUUUGCAGCAUCGAGGAACGUGACGCCGCCGGCCGCCUGUGAUCAUAACCACCAUGAUCAUAAGGACUCGGAUUUGGUUCCAUUGAAGAUCAGUCUCCUGGGUGAUCCUGAAACUGGAAAGACUAGUUUUCUGAUGAAAUAUAUUGGGGAUGAGAAAGAGGAACAGGAAGACACUCAAGAGAAAGGAUUGAAUUUGAAGGAUAAAACUUUUUUUGUCAGAGGAGCAAGAAUAUUUUACAGCAUCUGGGAAGUUGAUGGAGGUGACAAAUAUCAGGAUCAUAUUCCUCUGGCUUGCACAGACUCUGUAGCAAUUCUUUUCAUGUUUGAUCUAACAAGCCGGUGUACUCUAAACAAUGUCAUAAGCUGGUACAAAGAAGCCAGGAAAUGGAAUCAGACAGCUAUACCGAUAUUGAUAGGAACCAAAUUUGAUGAUUUCAUUCAACUUCCCAUAGAUUUGCAGUGGACAAUCGCUAGUCAGGCAAGAGCAUAUGCAAAAGCCCUGAAUGCGACGCUGUUCUUUUCAAGUGCUACAUACAACAUCAAUGUAAACAAGAUCUUCAAGUUCAUCACAGCAAAACUCUUUGACCUGCCUUGGACAGUUGAGCGCAAUCUUACAAUUGGAGAGCCCAUCAUUGAUUUCUAAGCUUCAUGUUGUACAUAGCCAAACUGCCUAAAUUCCAAUAGAUUAAGUCUCAGCCAACCGGUCACCAGAGUUGAUGUUUUCAUCGGUCUGGUGAUGAUUCGAGUUGUUUCACUGAGCAGUGGCGGAGAGCCUGUAUUUUCCAAGAUGAAUAACAUUUCAGUUGUUCAACAGUUUUUGAAAAAAAAAAGUGAAAAAGAUGAAAUGCUAUAUGAGCUUGCAUAUUUCUUUUCAGCUCAGCCACUUUUUACUGAUAGAUCAAAGCCUUCGCAUCCAUGAAACCUACAUGAAACAUGCUUAGCAUAAGCAUUUCUGAACAAAAAUGGUGUGCAAAAACUGGAAAG